AUGGCUUUGGCACGUUUGGCUUUGAAGAAGCCGUUGCAGGAGAGGGUGCUUUCUCCAUCUUCUCCUCUGGCUGCGGCUAGUUCUGCGUUGUUGGGUUGUGAAAGGAGGUGGCUUGCUACGGAGGCUGGUGAUAAGGUGACUGAGAAGACAACCGAUGACAAAGAUCUUAUCAUAACGGAAGCUAAAGGUAGAAGGGGAAGCUUGUUCCCCAACUGGAGCCGUAGUAGGGGAUUGUGGAGCAAUAGUGAUCGAGACUUUGUUCCUGCCCUUUCAGGCCUUGAAAGAGCAUUGGCGCAAGCAACAGGGAACAUAAACAGGUUAUUUGAGAACCUAAACAUAUCACCCUGGUCAGCAUCCGGGCGUGUGAAGGAGCAAGAAGACUACUACAAAUUGCGGUUUGAUAUGCCGGGACUAACCAAGGAAGAUGUGACCAAGGAAGAUGUGAAGAUCAGUGUUCAUCAUGGGGUUUUGACAAUCAAGGGUGAGCACAAGGAAGAAGAGGGAGAUCAGAAGGACGAUGAGUAUUGGUCCUCAAGUAGCUAUGGUUAUUAUCACACUAGUUUUGCACUGCCAGAUGAUGCUAAAGUUGAUGAGAUAAAUGCAUCGCUGAGCGAUGGGGUGCUGUCUGUUACCAUUCCUAGAAGCGAGAUGCCCAAGGAAGAUGUGAAGGAGGUGAAUAUAAGAUGA